CGACUUAUUUUUUUCCUUGUCUGUGGGCCAAAUCAACUUUGUCCGCGGGUCGUCAUUUGAUGACCCCUGCCAUGGAGUGUAUACAAUCUCAGUCCGAACUUUACUGAUAAUACAUCUAUUAUCAGGCAUCAUAUGUUUAGACUGGCAAUUAAUCCGACCGAAACGACUUUUUUAACGCGUUUUCUAUCGUUUUUGAACUGCGUGUAAUGGCGUUGAAUAUGUUGAACGUUAGAGUUGGUGCUUCAGUGUCAAAGCGCGCGUGUUUAGUAGCUGUUGUCAAGGUGACUAGGAAGUUCUCUUGGGAACCGAAGGAAGUGAAAACGCACACUGGUCAAAAAUGGGAGAAAGAUGACUAUCGUCUAGCGCGUUUCGUUGACAAGGAAAAACAAGUGAACCCAUCGUUUGCCAUUGAUCUCAUCAGUCAGGUCCCACCGAAAGCGUGUAAGCAACGAGUAGUGUACUGCGAUGGUGGUGGUGGAUCUUUAGGACACCCAAAAGUCUAUAUUAAUCUGGAUAAACCUGGAAAUCACUCGUGCAACUAUUGUGGUUUACAGUUUUUUAAGGAGGACAGUCAUUGAAAAUAAUUAUACAAUCAUACUAUUCAACUACAUUUUGUUUGCAAUUGUCUUAGAUUUAUAGAUACCGGAUGAUAAUUAUCACAUAUUGUAAAUUGAAAACUAUUGUAAUAAGAAAUUAAUUAAAUUUGUUACAAAAAAAUUAGAA